GUAUUUAUACAUUUUUAUAUAUUUAUAAAUUAAAAUCAAAAAGUUCAAAAGAAACAUGAAUGGAACAUUAUGCAACAAUACCUCAUGUAAAGAUAAUGUGAUGUUGACACUACCUUCGGAUGUGAAAUUUAUACUUGGUGUAGAUGUUUUCAUAAUAUUUAUUGCUUUAGUGCUUAAUAUAAUUGGCAUAUCCUUGCUUUUCACUCGUAAGUUAAAAAAUUUAUCUCCACAAAACAUUUUCAUUAUGCAUAUGAGUUUUGUAUCUAUUAUAAACAUCUUCAAUAAUGCUGUGGCUGUGCAUUGGAAAUACCAAAGUUCAAGAUUCACUAAAACUUUUGUCGCAGUAUAUUACUUUGCACAUAUGGCUUAUAUUAUUAAUCUCUGUCUUCUAUCAUUAGAUCGAUUUAUGUUUGUAGCAUUCCCAUUCAAAUAUCGAACAAAAAUGACAAAUUUUAUUGUUUUUUGUAGUCUUGUUCUUUUGUGGUUAUUUUCGAUAAUAUUCGGACUUUUAAUAAGGUAUGGUGGUAUUGCUAAUGAUUGGUUUUUUAGUAAUGCAGCAUAUCUGUAUAAUGGGUUUGUUAUAGCAUUAGCAUUCUGCAUAUAUGCUUAUAUAGUAAUUAAAAUUCAUUUUUCAUCUUUAAAAAAUGAUAAUCAAUUAGUAAAUAAGAAGGCAAAGAAACUGUUCAUUAUGCCAUUUUUGAUUAUCUCAUCUUUUUUUAUGUUUGUUUUUCUUCCUCAUUUAAUUGCUGAAAAUGUAAAAAUUAAAUCAAAAAAUACAAAAAAGCUGUUGUUGUUGGCAUUGAUUGGAAUCAAUUUAUUAAAUAAUGUAUCAGACCCUAUCAUUUAUAUAUAUCUUCAACCUGAUGCAUGGAAAAAACUUGUGUUACUUACAAGGAAGUUCAAAGGACUUUUUACUUUUCAGAGUUUUAACUUUUUAAAUCAUAAAAAAAGAGCUGCAAGCUUGACAAAAUACCAAUCUUUUGAAAUCAAUAUUGAAACAAUAGAACCAUAAAAAUAUCAAAAACAAUACAUGAGCUUCUUAUUAUUAAUAUUUAUACAGUUAUGCUUGUUUUCAUUGAUUAUUUUGAGAAUAUACAAUAUAAAUAUUUUGAGCUA